GGCGCAUUACUUCAAAACCAUCCCGUGUGGGCCGUUGUGUUUUGUUGCCUCCGAGCCGGCAGCUACGAAGCAGCGAUAACCGCUGCUGAAGAAGGAGGUCCAGAGAUGAACAAGUUUCUCUCCCUGCUCCUUGAACUGAAGCAAAAUAAUUGUUUAAGGCUCUCGUCUGAAACAGAGCUGAGGAUCAUUCUCAAUUUUAGGCGAUCCCAGCAACAGAUUCAAGACUGCUACAAGACAGCCGUUUAUUGUGCAAUUGCAUUGUGCGAUCCAAAACUUGAACAUCCACAAGUAACCGAGCGUUUGGAAGAUUGGCUGUGGUUAAAGCUACGACAGGUUGUUAUGACAGAGGCAAAAUUGCGUUCUGAUGAUAGCAGAAGCAUUGAUGCGUCGCGAACUGGGGCUACCCAACAACUCACCUUCUCUGACUUGCAGCGGCUGAUUGCUGUCGAAUACGGCGAGGCGCAUUUUGCUGAGGUACAAAACCCGUUGGUCUAUUGGACGGCGCUCCUCAUGAGUGGUCAGUUCGAAGCAGCGAUCAGCUUCCUGUUUCGUCAAACCGAAGAUCUCAGCUGUCACGCCGUGCAUAUCGCUCUAACCUUAUAUCAGAUGGGACUGCUGUUGACGCCAAGUGCUGUUCACGGAGAUCUAUGUACAUCUGUUAGUGGAACACUGUUGCAGCAGCUGAAUUUAACACGCCUCAUUUUCUUAUACACAUCGCCGUUUCGUCUUGUUCAGCCAAAAGAAGCGGCAUACUACUAUUAUUUCCUUAGGAAUUUCAAGAAUGCGAAGGACGAAGAUAUGUUCAGCGUGUCUUUCAGAGAUCUUGUUUUGGACACAAACGAAGUAUGA